AAAUAUACUAAAUUAUUAAAAAAUCUUAGAAUAUAGAUAAUCAUGGACAUGAAAAAUAUGAAUAUUGAAAGUAAAAAUAAAAAGCUAAUAAUAAAUCUCCCUCAGUAGCAAAUUGUGAUAGAUUAAAAUGGAGUCUAAUGUAGUUCUCUUAAAAAUUAGCAAGAAUAACAGCAAAUUCAUCAUGUGUCUUAAAAAAACAUUUAGGAUAAUUAAAAUAAUAGUAAUUAAAAAAUGAUGAAUAAUUUUUAUCAUAUACAAACAAAUAAUAAUCAUAAACAUAAUGUUGAUUAAGAAAAUAACUCAAGAUAGAUUCAUAAUUAUACUACUAAAUUGAAGUAGAACAGUGCUAAUUAAAAUAUUAUUUAAAAAGAAACUAUUAUAAAUGAAUCAAAUUAACAGUAAAAUGGUUAUUAUUAAAAAAGAGAAUGCAAUUAAAAUUAAUAAACCUAAAGCAAUAACUAACUAUUUAUUUAGAAUGGAUAGGUUAGAAUCAAAGAAUAAAAUUAGUAAAGUGUAAUAAAGCAAUAAGAUAUAAUAUUGUAAAUACAUAAUGACGAGGAAGAAUUGUAUAAAAAGUCAUCUAAUCCUGUUUUUUCUAGAUCUAGUAAUAUCUAAUAAAAUAACAUAGGUUAAAAAAAAGAUAUUACUCCAUAAUAAAAUGUUAUCAAAACAAGUAAAAAUCACAUAUAAACUAAUAAAUCAGUUGAAAAGCAAUAAUAGAUUAUCUUUUAAAAUCAAUAAUAACAAGAUUAACUGUAAUUAAACAGUUAAAAAACAUCUAAAAACGAGAUAUUAAAGCUGGCAAGAGGAAUAGUUUAAAAGGCGCUAAUUUAAUAAAAUGAAAUCAAUGAAAAUCCUAAAUAAACAUAUAAGUUGAAUUAACAUGAUUAAAAUGAUAUUUAUUGUAAUAACUAAGGUUUAUCCUAAGAAAAUUUAGGAUCUAAAAAGUAAUAUUUUGAUGAAAAAAAAUAGCCAUAAAAAGAAAAUAUCUAUUAAAAAUAAAAUAAAAACCUAUAAACCUAAGCAUAAUUUUAAAAUUAGUAAUUUUAAUGGUCUGAUGAUUAAGAAGAAUCAAAAUAAAUUGAUUUUCCUAAUUAAAAUAUUUAAGGUUCUAAGAGUACAACUGAUAGUUAGAUGUAUUAAAAUAAUUAAUCUUUGUAUUCAUACUUGAGAAAAAGAGAAAAUGAUAAUAAUAUGGAUAUAAAUUAUCAGUAAUUCGAUAAGAAUUAAAUCUAAGGUUACAAAAAGGAUUUUAAUAUUUAAAGAGAAAACAGUUAGUUAAGUUAUUAAUUAACAGAAGAAAAUAAAAAUUACAACAGAGAUUAUUUUGAAGAAGAAGAACAAGAGGAAGAUGAUAAUUUUGAAGAAGAGGCUUUGGAGGGAAAAGAAGAUUAUGUUAAAUAAAAUUAAUUGUAUGAAUAUUAUAGUGAUGAAGAUUCAAAUAAAAUUGUUAAUGAAUAGUUAAAUCGCAAUGCUAAUCAUAAUUAACUAAAUUUUAAAUGUAAUUUAGGAAAAAAUUACUCUUACAAUAUUGUUCUUGAUAAAGGAUCUUUGAUGCAGAGUGAAGGUUUUUGCUAAGAUGAAGAUUUAAAUGAAGAAAUGAAUAAUGAAGAAAAUGAAUAUGUUGAAGAUUAAAGUGACAAUGAUAAUGAAAUUUUAGAUGAGGAAGAUAUAGAAUAAGAAGAAAAAUAAAUAUAGGAGGACGAAAAUUCAUAUGAAGAAAGUGAUGAAAGCAAUGAUUAUUAUGAAAAUGACUAAAAUGAUGAAAUGUUUUAUGGUAUGAAUAUUCCACCAAUACCUCCAUUACCAGAUGAUUUAGAAUUCGCAUAUAACAUGUAAGAAUAAUAAAUUUAUGAAGAAUAUGAACCUAAUGAUUAAUCUUUUAGUGAAAACUAUGGCUUAACAAAAGCAGAAAUAAUGUCUCUGCCAACUAUAGUCUAUACAACUCAAAGUUUAAGAACAAAAACAGUUAAAUAGUUUUCGUCUCAACAAGAUUGCUCAAUUUGUUUAAAUAACUAUCAAGAUAAAGAAAUAUUGAGAGUUUUACCAUGUGAGCAUAGAUUUCAUAGAGCUUGCAUAGAUAAAUGGUUAUUACAAAAUUCUAAAUGUGUAAUCUGUAAAUUUGAUUUAUUAUCUAAUUAAAACUAAGAUUCAUGA